CAGUCAGCAGCAAGACAACAUGGCAGGCAGAGGUCCCGGCAUCAGACUCUUGAUGAACAUGCUGCUGCUGUUGGUUACAGUAGUUGAAUUGAGUGACUCUCAAACACACAAUUCAGUUUUUCCUGAAGUUGAUCCGAGCAGACAGCAGUUCUUUGAAAGAGAAUCUCUCACUAUCAGCUGUGAAGGCCUGAAUGGACAGACUGGAUGGAGAGUGAUGAAAAAAAGAAAAGGAGAUAUUCAAACAUGUGCUUCUACCUGGGAAACAUCUACUGGACCUUGCAAAAUUAUUAACGCAUAUCAGGCAACUGACAGUGGAAAAUACUGGUGUGAAAUGGGAGGAAAAGAAAAAAGCAACUCUGUCAACAUCACUAUUACUGAUGCUCCUGUGAUUCUGGAGACUCCUGUUGCUCCUGUGAAGGAGGGAGAUAACGUGACUCUGUACUGUAGAAAGAGCGACAAAGACUCCAGCUUCACUGCUCAAUUCUAUAAAAAUGGCGUCUCCAUUGGAUCAGGCUCAGCAGGAAACACAAUGACACUCACUGUCUCCAAGUCUUUUGAAGGGUUCUACAAAUGUAGCAUCUCUGAAGAGGAAGAAUCACCAGAGAGCUGGCUCGCUGUUCAAAGGCAUCCGUUACAGCUCUACCUCAUGCUCUGCACUGGUUUCAUUGUUUUAUUGGUGGUGGUUCUGCUGCUAUUGGUGGGACUGUGUCGACAUCACAAACAUCAACAAACCCCGAGAGGUCACAAAGAACAAACACCAAAUUCUCAAAUUUCUACUACCUUCGUCGAAAUCCCCUCUUCUGCACAAACAGUGUCUGCAGGGGCCAGCAAAGCUGAAUCCACUGAGGCGACAUAUGAUGUCAUCUCAAAGCCAAGUAAAGUGAAAGUGUCUGCACAGGCCAGCAUGGCUGAAUCCACCGAGUCGACAUACGCCCUUAUCACAAAUCCGAGAAAAGUGAAAGAAUCAGCAGUGCCCAGCUGCUCAGGAGCAGCUGCCGCAGGUACCAAAGCAUCAAUAAGAGAAAAGGAUCUGGGUACCCUCUACUGUUCAGUAGACAAACAGAAGUGAGAGGAAGGCAUGUCUCCAGUG